CCGAUGUUCCGCUUUCUGGACGGCGUGCUCGCCAAGUUCGCGGAGCGUGAGCUACAGCUGCACGUACGCCUCGAAGCCCUGCAGAGCCAGAGGGAUAAUCUCGCUAAACAGAGGAUUUCAACAGCAGAUACAGUAGAAGUUGCUGAUUCAGAAAGCUUGCAUGAAAGAAGACUGAGAGCUACGCAGAGGAAUAAAACGUUACUAAAGGAGCUGGAGGUGUCCGCGGCGAAGCUGAGGUCCCGCACCUGCUACUGCCCCACCGACUCACAGCUGGCAGCCCUGCUCAAGCGCUACUGCGACCAAGUGUCCAGCUCGCUGUGCUGCAGGUAGCGGACGCCGGUAUGCAGCAUCAGCAACAGCAGCAGGUGUGCUGGCUCGGCCCGCCGCUGGACUACUCGUUCCGCGGUCUGCGCACUGUGGAGGAGCUGUCGGCCAGGGGACCACGGCGCGGCCGGCGCGGCUACCGCAGGGCGCCCACGGGUCACUACCGCUGCCAGGCGCUGCGCCUCAACAACAACGCCAUAGCCUCCGUGCAGGGGCUCUUCUCCGUCGCCCGCCUGGUGCUGGAGAAACCAGGACAGCUCACUUGGCUGGACCUGUCGUUCAACCAGCUUUCGAGCCUGCCUGAUGACCUGUGCCACUUCUUGGGUCUGAAGAUCCUGUACCUGCACGGCAACCGGCUGUCCGAGCUGUCGCAGGCGCUGCGCGUGCUGUCGCGUCUGCCGCAGCUGUAUAGCCUCACUCUGCACGGCAACCCCGUGCAGCAGAGGCCCGACUACCGCGCUGCCGUGCUCGCCGGCCUGCCAGCGCUGCGCUGCCUCGACUUCACCAACGUCACCGCGUCCGAGAGGGCCGCCACCAGCCCGCGGUGACUCAUUUUACCAUUCCAGCUGGAAAGCCUACCCAGCAGUGGCCCACAACGGUGCAGCUGGGAGCGUGUGUGUUUGUCGAUUUAUGGUAAUCGACAGUGAGAUUAUUGGUGCCCUACCAGAUAGGGUACCUAAACUUCAAAGCCUCGACUUCUCCAAUGUUAUUGUAUCCGGGAGGUUGUCGCCAGCCCGCACGAACUCCUGUUCCUGUCGCAGUCGGCAACCCCAUCCAGGAGCGACCCAAGUAUCAAACUGGCUGCUCUGCCUUGUCUUGAGUUCACCAAAAUCUGUGCCCCUGAAAUGGCCAUCAUCAGCUCCUCUCCCGACUACUGGCAAGAUGAGGAGCUUCCACUUCGCCUGAAUGCCACAAAGAGAGACAGUCGUCCGCUGACUGAUGUUCUCUCAGUGCUGAAAUAGCUUUCACUGACGUUACUAGUACUUCAGCAGCCCCCUUUCUCUGUUUUUACUGAUUUUCAUCUCAGUCCUUUAUGGACAGUGCUGCGUGUACUUCACCAUCAGUGCUCCAAAGAACUGGCAUGUGCUGACUCUGUAUCUGCUCGCUGCGUAAUUUCUUUGCAACACUGUGAUCUAGAAAAGCGGAGACAGAGCAGUUUGCACUGCACAACAAAACCUCAUUAGUGCCUCUGUAAUAUACAGACUUAUUAAUGUUUAAAAAAUCCAGAUGUUACGUAGAUGAUACUCACACACGUAAUUUAAUAUAAUUACUUUUGAAUACAUUAUGGGAGUGGCAGUGAUCAAUGAGUUACAAAUAUUUACUAUUGAAAACAGUCUUGAUCACGUUUUAUUUGUUAA